CCAUUCCCCUACUGUAUCAGAUUUUAGACCUAUAUCAUGUACCAAUGUGACUUAUAAGAUCAUUACUAAGAUAUUGGCAUCACGGCUAGGGCCUUGUCUUUCUGAUGUUAUUAACCUUUCACAGGGAGCUUUUGUUGAUGGAAGAUUGAUGUCUGACAACAUCUUCUUGGCACAAGAGUUAGUGAGGGGAUACACUAGGAAAAGGCCUUCUCCUAGAUGUAUGAUUAAAAUUGAUCUUAGGAAAGCAUAUGAUACUGUAUCAUGGGAUUUUCUUGAAAGAGUGUUACUAGAUAUUGGGAUUCCUGCCUUAUUUGUUAGGUGGAUUAUGGAGUGUGUCUCAACCUCACCUUUUUCUAUUUCUAUAAAUGGGUCACUCCGUGGCUGGUUUUUGGGUAAGAAUGGGCUAAGAGAGGGGGGUCCUAUGUCCCCUUUGUUGUUUGUUAUUUGCUUGGAAUACUUCUCAAGGCUGGUAGAGAUUAGGGCUUUUAAUCCUAAUUUCCGUUAUCAUCCUUUAUGUUCUAAGCUUAAAAUAACACAUUUGGCUUAUGUAGACGAUUUGAUGCUAUUUUCGAAAGGUAACUAUGCAUCCAUCAAGAUCUUAGUAGAUGCUCUCACUGAUUUUGGACUUGUGUCAGGUCUCAUGGUUAAUCUGGACAAAACUGAUAUUUUUCUUAGUGGUAAUAUGGAGAGUAGAAUUCCAUAUAUUCUAGAAAGGGUGGGCUUUCAACAAGGAUCGUUUCCGGUUAGGACAGGUUUGGGAGUUGGUGCGAAAUUGGCUUGGACUUUCAAAACGGAUGUCAACGCUUUUGAGUGCAAUCAAAUGGAUCAAGAAAGAGCAUAAUGGAUCACAUGCUAAAGCCAAGGCCGUGAGACUAUCCUUUUGCUACACUAUAUAUUGGACGUGGAGGAUGAGGAAUAUGAUAUGUUUUGAGAAGACCAAGACCACGGUGGAAGGAAUGGUUAAACAAAUCAAGUAAUUUAAGAUGUCUUUUUUUUUGCGGUUUAUCACCAAUCUAUAGAGUAAUUUAUGAAGUAAUUUAUGAUGGUCUAUAAAGUAAUUUAUGCUAUGUAUCCAAUUGAUAGGAUAACAUUCUAAUUUUUUGCGGUUUAUCACCAAUCUUUUGUGAUGGCUAGCUUACAUAAUUAGCUAGUUAAGAUGUCUUUUUU